CAUGUCUGUAAGGAGGAGGAGGUUCUCUCUGACCAGCAGCUCUGUGUUCAGGAGAGGAACUCCAGUCUGGACCAAGAGGACCCAGAGCCUCCACAGAUUAAAGAGGAGCAGGAGGAACUCUUUGUCUACCAGCUCCUCGGUCACAACUCUCAUGUAGCUGAGAGCCAAGAUCAGAAAGGAGGCAAGCAUGGAGACUCAGGCUCAACUAGAAAUGCAGAGCCACAUCAACAGAAUCUACAUCACGAAAGCAUAAGUCACAGUAACAAUGUAGACAACCCUAACCUGUCAGAGAUGCACUGUGAUACUCACACAGGUAAACAUCCUUUAAAAUGUGACACAUGUGGAAAAGACUUUAAGGAUAAAGCAUCACUAGAGAAGCAUAUAAGAAACCACACAGAUAAGAAGCUGUUUGUAUGCAAAACAUGUGGGAACGUUUUCAAACAUAAUAGUUACUUGGUAAGGCACAUGAGAAUCCACACAGGUGAGAAGCCAUAUUCUUGUAAAACAUGCAAAAAGAAAUUCCAGCGCAAUGAUACCUUGAAACUCCACAUGAGGUCCCACACAGGUGAGAAGCCAUAUUUUUGUAAAACAUGCAAAAAGAAAUUCCAGCGCAUUUAUGCCUUGAAAAUCCACAUGAGGUCCCACACAGGAGAGAGGCCAUAUUCUUGCAAAAUAUGUGGGAAUGGAUUUAUGAGUAAACAAACAUUGAACUCUCAUAUAAUAAUCCACACAGGAGAGAAGCCAUAUUCUUGCAAAGUAUGUGGGAAUGGAUUUACUCAUAAAUCAUCAUUGAACUCUCAUACAAGAAUCCACACAGGUGAGAAGCCAUAUUCUUGUAAAACAUGCAAAAAACAAUUCCAGCGUAGUGAUGCAUUGAAAGUCCACAUGAUGACCCACACAGGAGAGAAGCCAUAUUCUUGCAAAAUAUGUGGGAAUGGAUUUAUAAGUAAAGCGUCAUUGGAUUCUCAUAUAAUAAUCCACACAGGAGAGAAGCCAUAUUCUUGCAAAGUAUGUGGGAAUGGAUUUACUCAUAAAUCACGAUUGAACUCUCAUACAAGAAUCCACACAGGUGAGAAGCCAUAUUGUUGUAAAACAUGCAAAAAACAAUUCCACCGUAGUGAUAAACUGAAACUCCACAUGAGAACGCACAUGGGGGGAAAAGCUGCAUCUCUGCAGCACAGAGGUUCCAGAGAUUAAAGAGUAACAGGAGGAACUAAAAGGAGUUUGACACUCCUCACUUCAGGGUUACACUCUGUAAUAAGUGUUGGGUUACACACUAUGUCUACACACUACCUCAGCAAUGAGGUCACUGAGGUUAUUUCUUCGUUAGAGGAAGAUUGUCCAUCUGUUUUGGGUUAUUGGAUUGCAAUGGGAUAGUGCUUGAUCACCUGAACGUACAGGUGUAAAUGCAGCAGAGAUAGAGGAUAUGGCUGGUGGGAUGCUGGGCUUCAGAAGCUCACGUGUAAUGCAUACUGGUACAUGCAGGCAGUCCCUGCACGGCUCCGCGAGCAGGAGAACUCAGCUUUAGGAUUCAGGGGGAUCUAUUGGCAGAAAUGGAAUAUAGUAUUCAUAACUGUGUUUUCUUUCGUCUAUAAUCACCUGAAACUAAGAAUCGUUGUGUUUUCAUUAGAUUAGAACGAGCCCUUCAAUGAUGAACACUGUUAACCAAGAUGAAUGUUACUGCAUUGUAUGCAACGAUGACACUGAUGAAUGUGUGUAUACAUUGUCUUGAAGAGAUGCUAUAAAGUAAUUUCUUUCUAAAUGCCGCAAACAUAUUGUGACUUUAGAAAAAUGUAUACCAGUCAAAUGUUAACGUUCAUUAAUAUUUUCUUAUUUGUUUUUUCAGUUGACAUUUAUUUUGUAAAUGCGUUUGUAUGAACAUAGGAGAUAAUGGUACGUGUUGUAUUUCAUGUAGUAAUUACAAUAAAUUAAUUUACUUCCCUUAAA